GUAAGAAAUCUACAAAACGAAACCACAGAGAAAUCUCUAUGUACAAGUAAGAUCAGCUUUACUCUGUUUUUUUUUUUUAUAAACUGAAGUAAAAAAAAAAGACGACGGAACGAAGAAGACGACAUCGACGAUCAUCAAAUGUGUGAACUUUUACUUUCCGAUCAAGGAAGAUUGGUGCUUUGAUGGGAUGGGACACCAUAUUGCUAAGGUUUAUGGUGUUAGCAUAUAGUACUAGUACGUCUUUAUCUUGAGAACCAACCACUAUGGAAUCUCACCUGGGAAAUGGAGUAGGCAGUUCGAGAUCUGCCAAGAAUGUAAAGAACACUUCUGGCUCAGUUGAUUGGUUGAGCAAAGGUAUGCUUGAGAUGAGGAUUAGGGACAAGACAGAGACUGAUGAGGAGAGAGACAGUGAACCAGAUGUCAUUGAUGGGGUUGGUGCAGAACCUGGCCAUGUGAUCAGAACUACACUCCGUGGACGAAACGGUCAAUCAAGACAGACAGUCAGUUACAUAGCAGAACAUGUAGUUGGAACUGGUUCUUUUGGAAUGGUUUUCCAAGCUAAAUGCAGAGAAACUGGGGAGGUUGUUGCCAUUAAAAAGGUUCUACAAGAUAAGCGGUACAAGAACAGGGAAUUACAAAUUAUGCAGAUGCUAGACCAUCCGAAUGUUGUUUGUUUAAAGCAUAGCUUCUAUUCAAGAACAGAAAAUGAAGAGGUUUAUCUGAAUCUUGUCCUUGAAUUUGUUCCCGAGACUGUCAACCGUACUGCCAGAAGCUACAGUAGAAUGAACCAGCUGAUGCCAUUGAUAUACGUCAAACUCUACACUUAUCAGAUUUGCAGAGGGCUUGCUUACCUUCAUAAUUGCUGUGGUCUUUGUCACCGUGAUAUUAAGCCUCAAAACCUGCUAGUGAAUCCACACACACAUCAGCUAAAAAUUUGUGAUUUUGGGAGUGCGAAAGUGUUGGUGAAAGGAGAACCCAAUAUUUCUUACAUUUGUUCAAGAUACUACCGUGCCCCCGAGCUCAUUUUUGGAGCCACUGAGUACACAACUGCAAUAGACAUAUGGUCCACAGGUUGUGUGAUGGCUGAACUGCUUCUUGGACAGCCUCUGUUUCCUGGUGAAAGUGGAGUCGAUCAACUUGUCGAAAUCAUAAAGGUUUUGGGUACACCAACAAGAGAGGAGAUCAAAUGCAUGAAUCCGAACUACACAGAAUUUAAAUUUCCUCAAAUAAAGCCUCAUCCUUGGCACAAGGUUUUCCAAAAACGUUUGCCACCUGAAGCAGUAGAUCUUCUUUGUAGGUUCUUCCAGUAUUCUCCUAAUUUGAGAUGCACAGCGGUGGAGGCUUGUAUCCACCCGUUCUUUGAUGAACUAAGAGACCCAAACGCUCGUCUCCCAAACGGCCGGCCACUUCCUCCACUUUUCAAUUUUAAACCGCAAGAACUCUCUGGUAUCCCUCCUGAAACUUUGGACCGGCUUGUCCCAGAACAUGCCCGUAAGCAGAACCACUUCAUGGCAUUGCACUCGUAAGUCUCUUCCGUGUUUUCUGUACGAUCUAUCGGGUGCUCUCUUCUUUUCUCUAAGCUCUCUAGAUCCCAGUCUUUGGGGAACCCCCAUUAGAGCACUCUCUGUAAACAGAAAUCACCGGAAAAAAGAACCAAUGACUUUGUAUUAAGUUGCAUCCCCAUCCCUUGUCGUGUCGAAGUGGGGAUACGUGAAUUUACAACAUUACUUUGCUAGAUAAUAUUGAUAUAGAGGAAUUUACUUACAUUUGCCAUA